AUGAUAGGUAACAAUGCGAAUGCAAUUAGAACUUAUUUGUUUAUAUUUACAGAUGCUGAACAACUUUACUUCGUCAUACAAAUUAUAUUAUUUAUUGUACUUGCUUUCAUCGUUGUAAUGGUAACUCCAAUGGCCGUAAAUAAGCGACAAUUGCCAGAGUGUCCAACAGAUGACAAUACAACUGCACCACCCAAUAUGUCCGAUAAUGAUGUUGUUCCAACGUCCAACGAUGACACUUGUUAUAAGCCUAAACCCGCAAAUGCUUAA